CCUCCCAUCCAUCCUCCCUCCCUGUCAUUCUCUCGCCACCUCUCCUUCGCUGCUCACUCGCGGAGCCACAUCGCGGACGGUCUGGCAGGACGGCACCGAGCGCAGCGCAGGGUUUUUAUUUUCUGACUCUGCAUUGCCGAGGAUGUGUUUUUGAGUCUGAUCACAGAUGUUCCGCGGAGCUCCCUCGCUUGACAACCGCACCGCUUCUUCUGGUCCCGAGAAUGAAGAAGUGAGUCAUCGGUGAUCGCAGUCAUGGCUGUCCAGACUGGCAUCCAGGUGUGGUUCGGCGAGAAAUUUGACGCCCCGCUGCUGAGCCCAAGGAGCCCCAGCAGCCCGUUGACCCAGCGACACGGCCCCGGCCUCACAGAUGUCUUCCAGUAUGACCAGUGGCUGGCAGUGCGACACGAAGCCGCCCUGGUGCCCAUGCAGGAGGAUCUGGCCAUCUGGCUCAGUGGCAUGCUGGGCGAGGAAGUGAGAGCAGAGUUCUUCAUGGAGGAGCUGAACAACGGCGUGAAGCUGUGCCGGCUCAUCGGCGUGCUGCAGACGAAGAUCACCCAGAGCUGCCCCGCCGAGCUCUGCAAGCUGUUCUCCACGAGGAACAUCGCGUGCAAGCGGAACGCCUCUUCAGGGUCCUUCUUCGCUCGCGACAACACCGCCAACUUCCUGGCCUGGUGCCGCCACGUCGGCGUGGAGGAGACCUACCUGUUUGAGUCGGAGGGCCUCGUGCUGCACAAGGAGCCUCGCCAAGUGUGUCUCUGCCUCCUGGAGAUCGGCCGCAUCGUCUCCAAGUACGGCGUGGAGCCUCCUGUGCUGGUGAAGCUGGAGAAGGAGAUCGAGCUGGAGGAGACUCUGCUGAUGGCGGAGGAGCCGCCCGCGGCCGUGAAAACCUUCAGCGUGUGCUGCCAGCACGGCGGCCUCUACCAGCCCGGGGAGCACGGCAUGGACGACCCACCCUGCCACUGUGCCAACCGAGUCUCCAUCGAGUACCUGUCUGAGGGACGCUACAGACUGGGAGACAAGACCCUCUUCAUCCGGAUGCUUCAUGGGAAACAUGUGAUGGUGCGCGUCGGUGGCGGCUGGGACACCCUGCGAGGCUUCCUGAUGAAGUACGACCCUCUGCGGGUGCUGCAGUUCACCACCCUGGAGCAGAAGAUCCUGGCCUUCCAGAAAGGCCCCCCCGGCCUGGGAGGUCACCACGGCAAUGCGGCUCCACCCACUCCUCCCGACAUGGACCCCCUCGCCGCAGUCAACGACCUCAUCUCCUCCUCGUCCUCCUCUUCCUCCACCACCUCAUCAUCGUCGUCGUCUUCCUCCUCCCGUAAGCCGCCGUCUGUGACCGCCGGGGGUCAGGCGUGUCGCUCGUCCCCGGCCUGCACGCCCACGUUGAACAGGAAGGGCCCUGCCGCGGCGCCUAAGAAGAAUCUGCCCAGGAAGCCCACCCAGCUGCCCCUGUCCAUCAGCACGGCCACAGCUGGCUCCUCUCUGCCCCCCGUGCCGGUGGGUCGCUCCAGACAGCCCCACCACCUCCUGGGGGCGCAGGUCCGUCGCAGAGCUCAGACUCCAUGCCCGGUUCCAUUGCCUGCACAUGCAGAUCCGAGCCCCGCCUCCAAGCUGAAGCUCAGACCGUCACCGCGUGGCCCCGCCUCUCAUCCCAGGAGCCCCGUCUGCCCCGAGCCGUCUUCCAAAUGCCCCAAACCCUCCAGCCUCAUCACCCCUGUGCCUCGCCCUGCCACUGCUCCAGCACGGGGCCUCGCCACAAAAGAGGCCCGGCCCCCAUUGGGUGCCAGCCAGCGCUCGCGCCUCCUUGCUCAGCGGCGUUCGGGCUCCCCGGCUUCGCGCCUCCGCCUCCAGGCCGCGAGGCGGGUGCGGACAGCCGCAAGAGGUGCAGCGGCGCCAACUCUGCAAACCCGGACCACCACCCCGAGUUCACGGACGGCCUCCCCGGAGCCGCCAAAGCCGACCUGCUCGCUGCCGAAGAGCAAAGAGGUCGCAGCCAAAGCCAAGGGACCGGCCCCUCUCCGCAUCCCAGCGGCCCCUCCACGUGGAACCGCUGCUGCCCCCGGGCGGGUCCCAGUAGGCAACACGGGCCCUUCCCCCACCAGCAAAGCCAAUCAGAAGGCAACGGACACAGCACAGAGGGUGGGGCGAAAGCAAGCCGUCACCGGGAGGUCAGCUGUCCAACCGGACGCGUCCCCGGCCCCGAAGAAAACCGUCUCCAACGGCAAAGCUGCAAAGACCGAGCCCGGCGUCCUCAAGAAGAUCCAGCAGCACAAAGGCAAAAGCGAGGACCCUUAUUUUGAAAUGAACAGCCGCAGGAGACCGAGGACGUAACUCCGGUCUCUGAGGACUCGCUGGCUUCCUGUUGGAACUCUUCCUCCUCAAACAGCUUCUCAUUGUUGUCUUCAAAUGUAUUUUAGUUUUUUUGUAUGUUAUUUAACAGCGUAAAAAAAAAAAAAUGUAAUCCAGGGUCAAAGGUCAUGUAUGUCUUCUCUCUGGUGAUUGAAUGGUCUUUUUGAUUGAGCGGUCAGGUGACCUGGUCAACACUAAAACUUGCACAACGUUUACAUUCUCACUCGUCUCAUGUGAAGCUGUCCCAGAGGAUUUGUGUUCGUUGGCUUUCGCAGAACAAAGGAUUUAAUUUAAUCGCUAACAUUAACCUCAAAGCAGCAUCCCAGGAUACAGCCAUGGUUUAGGAAAAGGCACUUGGGCGACUGGAUCGGUUUGUAUUCGUGGGUCAGAAGGUCCGAGGCCCGCUUUCCCCAUUCAGCUACCAAAGUUCUGACAUGUCUGGAGUUUUUGAGACACAACUGGAACACAAAUCAUGGUUUCUGGUGAUUGCUUUGCUCCCCGUUGUGAACGUACUCUCCGCUGGUGGAUGUUCGGACGUGAUACUCGUGUCUUGAUGUUUGUAGAAGUGAUGUCUAGGUGGGAGGUUCAUCUCCAUGGCGCCGGACAAGGAGUCAUCAGAACGGCCUUUCCUGUCGUGUGCCUUCAUCAGAAAUGUCUCGUUUCUGAGCGGUAUUAGAUGGGGGGGGGUUAUGGUUUUUACUGAUAAAUUGCACAUUGUGUACGAGCACUCAUGACUUUGGUUUUUCUCAGAGAAAAGCCGAAGAUGAACUACUGAUCGAACGCCUCUUCUUUUUCACAGAAGACACUCCAGAAUCUACGUUUGUGUGUACAAAUCUAGUUUUCUAUGUGGUGUUUGUUUAUGUGCGAGUCCACUAUACAUGUCCGGCUUUUCUUUUUCCUCGUUUGGCACUUUACAGGAACCGCCAUGUUUGUCUGGAUUUGAAUGUUGAUUCUGUCGAUAUGUCUCUUGUUUCGGCUACCGUUUGUGUUUUGAUUAAUAAAUGGGCAAAUGUUUUAAAGAC